AAAAAUCAGACCUUGCCCCUCAGUUAACCCAGGGUGUGUAUCGACAAAUCCCCAAACUUCUUCUUCCGCCUUCCCUUUGAUAAUUUCUCAAAAUUCUUCUGGCAAUGCUAUCAUGCAAUUGCAGGAUGCCAUUUUAAAGACACAGAAGAAUGCGAAGAUUCAAGUCCUUGAAGAUACCCCUGACGGAAAAUAUUUGCAGGCUGAGGUUGACGGAGGAUUUGGUAGAGAUGUUCUUGAAUUUUUGGUGAAAGGAGAUUCAGUUGCCUACAGAGCAAUGGCCACAAAAGUGACCUAUAUAUACCCAUUUACUACUGCAUUUGGAGAUUCAAAAGGACAAGAAGAAAGAAUAAAAAUGAUAACAGAAGAGUUAGGAUGGUAUGCACCUAGUCUUGACUCAAUGGAUUAGAUCUUUGAUUUAGAUAAAUAUCUACAUGCAUCAAAUUUUGUGUAGCAAUUCAUGCAUGUAGACUGCUUCUUGAAACAAGUUUAUUGGGUUGUUUUGUUAAUAAUCUUACUUCUUUUUUA